CGGGGUGCCAGGGACCCCUUAGCUAAAAUGUACGACCUAUAGACUUUCCAUAGAAAGAUUGAAACCUCUAACUUUUAACUCUGACCACUUAGGCGUACAAACGCAAUGGUUUUGAGCUAGUAACGAAUAAAGUUAAUAGCUGAAACGAUAGAUUAACAAUUGUAAAAAAUGCAGUCAUACGGUUAUGCUAUAAAACGACUGCUGUCACCGUAUUCUUUAUUUAUGACAACUUCAACAGCAGGAUUACAAUCCUUUGAACCGGUAAAUCAUUUUAAAGAUGUUGAAUAUCCUGAGCGUAGUAGGCUUAGAAUUGUUCAAAAACAACCUCAAUAUCCAAAUACCAUGCGUCCUUUUAAAAUGCAGAAAAGAUUGAAAUUAAUGAGAGGCCCUGAAUUAUAUCACAAUACUUUAUUACACAAACAGUAUGGAGUAAUAGCAACUGGAGGUGGCAGAAUGAAAUUUAAUCAUUUUGAAUUUGUACGGUUUAUAUUAUACAAAAACAUUGAUUACAAGGUAGCAUUUGCACUUUGGAGAAUCCCAGAUCCUUGGCAACCAAUUACCAAGAAGAGUCAUGGAUCACGUAUGGGAGGUGGUAAAGGAAACAUAGAUCAUUAUGCCACUCCAGUAAAGGCAGGACAAGUAAUAUUUGAAAUUGGAGGAAAAAUUGAAUUUUUCGAGGUGAAGCGUCAUUUAAAUAACAUUGCGAAGAACUUGCCUUUUGAUGCUAUGGUUAUUACCCAAGAAAAGAUGGAGGAAAUGGCAAAGGAAAAGAAAAAAUUAGAGGAGAAGAAUCAGAAUCCAUGGACGUGGAAAUAUAUCAUUCAAAAUGAUCUACUGGGUUCACUGAAAUGGGUAUCAAAAUACGACAGGCGGUGGUUCAACGAAUAUGUUUAAUGAUAAUCUGUAUGAAUUUGUAAAUAUUUAUGAAUAAACAAUGGAAAUGCUAAAAAAAA